AUGCAGGGUUAUUCGUUUGCGCCCCCAGCGGGCCCCCCGAGAGAAGGCCAGAAAAACUAUGUAUUCGUUGAUGAGCAUAACCGACACAAGAGGCUGAAAGCCAUCGGGCAAGAUGGAGACUUUUUCCCUGAUGGGCAAGGCGAGUCCACUCUAGAGACCGGGGGACCCUCCAACACAGCCGAGGGCUCUCAUACAUUUCCCGCGGCCCCAGUCUACAGGGACAACAGUCAGCCCACCAUGAACCCCUCGUAUGAUCAAAUGAGCAUGUAUUCCCAAUUCGUUCCACAUGCUCAACCCAACAUCUACAAUGAUCUUCAGUCAUCACAAAUGGCAAUGCCAAACCGCACUUUUCAACAGCCGCAUAUGUUUCCUGGGCCGCAAACUCCGUCUAUUGGAUCAGAUCGGAAUGUGUAUGUUGAUAAUGAGCAUGCAGAAAACCUCAGUGAUGUACUUGGGGAGUUGAAGAUUGACGAGAGUGGGAUCGCCCCAUACAUUAGAAGGCAACGCACAGAUCGAAUUGAGCCUGACGCCCCGGUCCAGGACGACUCCGAUGAGCAAUUACCACCUCUCAGCACCGGAUCGGGUGCGACGAUUCGAAUUCCCCCUGAGCUCAUGCCUGCUGAAGACGACGUAAUGGCCUAUUUCAAGAUCUACUUCGAUGAGAUACACCCUUAUGUUCCUGUCAUAUCUCGUGCCCAUCUGUACUAUCAAUGGCAGCAUGAUCGCCAUUCCAUCUCUCCCCUUCUUCUAGAGGCCCUUUUUGCCUGCGCGGGUCGUUUAUCCGAUGAGCCGUCAGAAGGCGCUCAGUGGCUUGCCUUGGCCAAUAGGCACGAGAGAAGCUUUAUGGAUGUACCACGUCUGAGUACUAUUCAAGCAUUACUUCUGCUACUAAAAGCAAGGGAGUCUUUGCCAAAGAAAGGGUACUAUUAUAGGUCCUGGCAAACUGUCAAGACUAUUGUCUCAAUGGCGAAAGAUUUGGAUAUUCAUGAACAUUACAGCAGUCACGCUGAAGGCAAGCCGUGUGGACUCAGUCCAAUUGAAUGCUUGGUGCACACCAGAGUGUGGCAGGCUCUCAUGGUGGUUGAGGUGAUGAUUGGCGGGCCGCAAGGCCGCUCGGAUUACGGAGUGGAUCCUCAAACAGUAGACAUGCGCCCGACGCUAGACAUCCGGGGCCUCGACCAUUACGAGAUUGACCGCUCAAGACAAUACGCCUAUUUCGUCCGCAACGCACAUCACAUCCGCAUCAUUACAGAUAUCUACCACAAAGUCAAGAAGCAAAAGGACUGGGGCGCAGAUGCCCGGUUUGUACAAAGCAACCCGCUUUUCGCAGACUGGCUUCGCAAUCUCCCUCCAGACCUACAGGUCAAUUAUCCUGCCGAUGGCUCUCCGCCGUGGCUUCCAUCCCACUUUGUUGCAAUUACCUCCCCCGACCCUGAGUUCAAUUCGGAUGCCCGUGAAUUCUUCACCCGUCAUAUGCGAAUUCUCGAGACGUGUUCCACCGCCUGGCCCAUGCCCGAGAUUCAAGCUCAGAUUGAUUCAUUAAGACUGGCUUUCUCUGCCGACAUGAAUCGUCCUUUCGAGUUACAGCCCAACUUCCCAUACGGCAGUCCCUCGGAACCCUACCACCCGAGUCCACCCAUGGAUGCGAACUAUCAUCCGCACUUGAAUCAACUCCAACCUAGAGUGCGCUAUACCCCAAUAACUCCUCCGGUUUCGACUGGUGCUGAAGACUCGAAGUCCGAUACAUCUUCUCAGAUACAAUCCCUUGGAAUGGUUGCCCAUCAACCUCCAACAACUCAUCCUCUGGAGACCCCUUCGGCUGAUGAACACCAUUGGGACCCGACCCGAAUUAUCACUCAAUGGGACAUGGCCUUCUCCGUGAACCCCGCUACCGUCAGCGCCAACUCCCCGCCGAUGCCUAGUAUAAACAACUCAGUUCCGGGUGUACAAAGCGUUAUCAACCCCCAAUACCCCGUCCAGUACGAGACACCUAACAAAGUACCCUCUGUCACGUCCACCCAGUCUCUCUCCCCUCCCCAGUUCCAAGCACCCCCAGUUCUGUUUUCGGCGCGAGACUGGCAGAACAGUGUUGCCAGUGUGUACGAUCCACAAGGGCUGAAGCGGCGAUGGAAUUACCCAGUUGAUGCUGGUUCCGACAAUAUGUCUAAGCGCCAAAGAGGAUGA